AUGAAAUUUUUGAACGAAUAUUUUGAGAAGAAAAGGGAAUCUUUCAGCUUAUCAUGUGAUAUGUAUAACUCUCAUCAACUUGAACAAACAACCUAUACUGCUAUACCCAUGGCCUCUCUAUGUACUUUCAAACCGCUUUCUCCAGCUUCUCAAUUUGUGAAACAACGUAACCCUAGAAAUCAAAAUGCCUUGUUCACUUACCACACACCCAACUCUACAAACUCCCUUUUGCCUAAACGAGGAAGAUCCGUGGCUCACAAGAAACACAUGUUCGUGACUGCUCAUGAUGCGCCGGAUCCGGUCGAGAGCUCCUGGAGAAUUCCCUUGUCGGAUGUUGUGGCGGUGAGAAAGAAGAGGGAAUUUUGGGAAAGGAGUUGGAAUUCUAAGGACGUGAGAAAGUUAGUCGUAGUCGUUGGGGUUCAUUUGCUGACCUUCUCGGCUCCAUUUUACUUCAAUUGGGUGGCUUUUCGGCUUUUCAUUUGGCUCCAUGUGACCAGUGGAAUGUGCAUCACAUUGUCCUAUCAUAGGAAUCUUGCUCACCGAAGUUUCGAUCUACCGAAAUGGCUCGAAUAUCUCUUUGCUUAUGGUGGCGUUCUGGCUCUUCAGGGAGACCCAAUAGACUGGGUGAGCAACCAUCGGUACCAUCAUAAGCAUUGUGAGACAGAACGUGACCCACACAGCCCUACGCAAGGGUUUUGGUUUAGUCACAUGACUUGGAUAUUUGAUACCGGUUCUAUCCUCAAAAAGUGUGGUGGAGAGGAGAACGUAAACGACCUUGUGAGGCAGCCCUUCUAUAGGUUCCUUCAGCGAACCUUCCUUCUGCAUGUGAUGGCUUUUGCUCUCCUCCUCUAUUUUUGCGGUGGCAUGCCCUUUCUCGUAUGGGGAUUUGGUGUGGCAACUGUGGUUCGAUUCCAUGGGACUUUUCUGGUGAACUCAGUAUGCCAUAUAUGGGGAAAACGAGCUUGGAACACACCUGACUUGUCCAAAAACAAUUGGUGGGCAGCGAUUAUAACACUUGGCGAAGGAUGGCAUAACAAUCAUCAUGCGUUUGAGUUUUCGGCCAGGCAUGGACUCGAGUGGUGGCAGCUCGACGUGACUUGGUUCCUUGAGAGCCACGGUCUUGGAAGAGAUCAUGAUGACUUUAACACAAUGGGUGUAAAUUGUAAAGGCAUCAACUGUAAGAACCUUAACCCAUGGCAUCUCUAUCUUCAACUCCCAAACCGCUUUCUCCUUUUUCGCCAUUUCGUAAACAACCCAACCUCGAUGAAACACACGUUCGUGGCUGUUGACGAUGCACCGGAUCAGGUCGAGAGCUCCCGGAGAAUACCCUUUACCGAGGCUGUGGCUGUGAGAGAGAAGAGGGCGUUUUGGGAAAGGAGUUGGACUCAUUGGGACGUGGGCAAGCUAGCCAUAAUCGGUGGGGUUCAUUUGCUGAGCCUCUCGGCUCCAUUUCACUUCAAUUGGACGGCUUUUCGGCUUUUCCUAUGGCUCUAUGUGAUCCAUGGAAUCUGCAUCACCUUGUCUUAUCACAGGAAUCUUUCUCACCGAAGUUUCGAUCUACCGAAAUGGCUCGAGUAUCUCUUAGCUUAUGGUGGCGUUCUGGCUAUUCAGGGAGACCCAAUAGAGUGGGUGAGCAACCAUCGUUACCAUCACAAGCACUGUGAGACACAACGUGACCCACACAGCCCUACACAAGGGUUUUGGUUUAGUCACAUGACUUGGUUAUUUGAUACCGGCUCUAUCCUCAAAAAGUGUGGUGGAGAGGAGAACGUAAAUGACCUCGUGAAGCAGCCCUUCUAUAGGUUCCUGCAGCGAACCGCAGUUCUGCAUAUGAUGGCUUUAGCCCUUCUCCUCUAUAUUUGUGGAGGCAUGCCCUUUCUCGUAUGGGGAUUUGGUGUGGCAAGUGUGGCUCGACUCCAAGGGGCUUUUCUGGUGAACUCAGUUUGCCAUUUAUGGGGAACACGAGCUUGGAACACACCUGACUUGUGGGCAGCGAUUAUAACACUUGGCGAAGGAUGGCAUAACAAUCAUCAUGCGUUCGAGUUUUCGGCCAGGCAUGGACUCGAGUGGUGGCAGCUCGACGUGACUUGGUAUCUCAUUAGGUUUCUUGAAGCUAUGGGUUUGGCCAGUAAUGUUAAGUUACCUACUGAAGCUCACAAGAAAAAAAUGGCUUGUAAUUAGUUUUAUUAUCGAUCUUCCAUCCUAUUCGUAACAUCUACGUAAGUUAUAAGUGUAUUUUUCUUUAAAUAAAAGUUACAAGUGUGUGUGGAAGCUCCUUUAACCCAAUGAUUUAAUAAGAGUUUAUUAAUGCUUCUACACUAUGAAGUUUGGGUUUCAAAUCUCAGCAAACACGAUUUAUUCUUAAUUAUGUAAAUUAAUGAAGAUAGAGCUGUUAGUCGUGGA